UGGUGGACAUUCGCAUGUUGUUCACUUUGUGAUGCAGAUUAGUCUUUGGGCAGCUUUUGUUCUCGUUCGUAGCUGUUGUUUCUUUAAUCUAACUUGAUGACACAUUAGAGGCCAGCCUCUAUUGUAAUUCGCUGUUAGAGAUCGUUUGGAAUCACUAUUCAAAGAAUGUGGCUGAAAAAGGUCAUCAAACUAUCCUGAGCGUUUGGAAAAUAACGGUUGUUAUGGUACACCGCAGCUGCGUGUGAACUAAACUAUCUGGGAAAAAGCAAGAUCGCUGAAUACCUCGAUGUUGUCGGUAUAAAGAAACGGAAACAUCACCAUUGCCUGCGACCUGUAAGCUUAUUUCAUUGAACGGUUGCUAAGUGAGGCUUUUGCACAAUCGUGAUCCACCAAAAGUUUCGGAACAACCAAGUGGUUUUCUUGGCGAAAAUAUUGGUUUGAACCAGUUGUACUUUACAAGAAUUAAUGAAUACGUUAAUGCUUUUAUCUAGACCAUUGAGAACUGAUUUGUUAAGUACUCUUGAGUAAAUUGUAUUUACAUACACAAUGAACUCCUCGCGUCAAAUAACUCAAUAUUCCGACGUUUAGAUGCAUUUUUAAAGAUUGAUUACUAGUUAUUCUGUUUGUGGUUAUUGGAUUUGUGUUUCCAAACGGUGAAAACCUUUGAAAAAAGCAGACUAACAUUUUUCUACAAUGUCACGAAUGAGGACUGGUUUGAGGCCAACAGUACCUACGAGACAUUCUCCAACUAAAUUUCCCCCUGUUAGCAAUGGUUUGAGGUCAAGCUCUUUACCAGGGAGCGCUAACAGUAGAGAACCAGAGUGGGCCAAUGAUAUGGUGAGAGGGAUUCAAUUAAAAACAGCAUCUAAGACACCUUUGGUGGCAGCCCAUUCUCCUAGAAAAACUCCAGUAGGCCUAGAGGAGGUUAAAGCAACUACCUCAGUAAAACAACAUGGGGAAAUGACAUUUUCCAGUUCACAGCAAAGUAUGCGGGAAAGUGCCAAGGAUAAAGAAAUUGAGAAACUGAAGUUAAAAAUCUUAUCACUUCAAAAGCUCAUCGAGCAGCUGCGUGCUGAAAUAAAGGAGAAAACCCAUAAAAUAACAGAAUUGGAGGAGAAGCUCAAAUCACAGGAAGCUGAUUUUGAAGAAAAGAUCAACAAAGUAAAAGCCAUUAUCAGUGAAAAGGAGAAAGAACUCAAUGAGAAGACAAAAGUUAUAAAAAACAAAGAUUUAGCAAUUAAUGAACUGAAAGACAGCUUUCAGAAAGAAAAGGAAGAUAUUACAAAACAAUACGAACUUGAAUUAAACAAGUUGAAAGAGCAACAUCUUCAGGAGCUCACUGAGCGUGAUGGCAAGAUGAAAAUCUUAAAGAUGCACAUGGCUGAUGCUCUUAAGGAUAAUUCCCGGGAGAGGCAAGUACAGCUUGAAGAACUCACAAAGGAGCUUAAAAGAGUUACGGAAGAAACUGAUGUGUUGAAAUCCAAACUGCAGUCAAUGAAAUCAUCAAAUCAGGGCAAGUGUCCAAACUGUUUUGUAAUGGAGAGACAACUCCAAUCAAAAAUUCUUGAACUGAGAGACAAAGAAGUUGUAACCAUUGAGAUGCAGCAGUUGUGUGCAAAAAUGGAACAGCAACUUGUGCAACAGGACCAACUUUUGCGUCAAUGGGCAAAAAAUAAAGGAAAGCCAGUCAGGUGAUAAAUGAGAUUGCAUGCAUCUGAAAUAAAUACAAUUAUUGACUACUUAGAAAAUUUGAUUGCCUAUGAAAAUAUUUAUACCCAUACGGUAGCUUUUUAUUUAAUUAAGCAAUGUAUAAUUUUAGGUGUGUAAUGUAAAAGCUCUUUAUAACUUACACUAGCGUUAAGUCUUUUGAGAUUGUAACCUCUCAAAUACCUAUCAGAGACUUAGCUUGGGAAAUUGGCUAUCACUUGCAAGGCAUAAUGUAGACAUAACUUAAGCCAAUUUCCAACUUAAUUUCAGUCUGUUAAUAACAGGAAGUCUCUAAAACAAAGGGUUAAUCUUUGUCCAGCCUUGUCUUUUUUAUUGUCAUCAAGAUCCCACAAAAACCACUACCUAGAAAAUAUGCAGGAUACC